UUAGCCUGGCGACCAGGAGGUGCAUGUGUACACUCAAGUAGGUGGAGGUGAAUUCCUGAUUCUACCUUUGUUUUCGCCAGGCAGAAACGUCUGCAUGCUUCGGAUCUAAAUCUCGGCGUAUCGGACUCAAUCUGCCUGGCGCUAGUAUCGGAGGGGAGCGUUUAAAAUCUGGCUGUACAGUGUAACAGUUGGCGGGACCUCCACUAGUGCACUGGCCGAACGUGAGGUUUCUGGUUCGAUUCCCAUUUGACGGACCGGAUCAAUCAAGGGACCAAGAAAACCUGGACCAAGUUCUGCAAACAAGUCGAGGAAGGGACAGGGUUUUUCCUAGGUUCUUAUAAUUUUUUCAGAGAAAACUUCUGUUUGUGUAAUUUGUUCGGAUUGUUUCAAAAUGUAUCGGGGUUUGCUCGGGUUGUCAGCUGUGCUGCUAGCGGCCUUCUUGGCCAGGGGGGCCGAGGGACUGGACGGGGACGCUCCGCUGCGGUCGAACCGGCAGUGCCAUGAAGACAACCUGAUGAAGCGCGUGCGACGGGCCACCGCCAUCGUCACCGGCACGGUCGAGCAGAAGAUGAACGGCUACCCCGACGGGAAGUACAAAGCGAAAGUCCGAGUCUGGAGGGUUAUGAAAGGAACGAACGAGAUCCCCACCGCCAACCGAGUCCAGCCGCUCCGGGACCCGAGCAGGGGCGUCGCGGAAGUCAUGGUGGGCGGCUUCGGGGAUCCCCACAUCUGCGACAACGAGGUGGACCAGGGCGACACGCGGAUCUUUCUCUUGGACAAGAAGCCGGCGGGCCCUCCGGACGAGUUCGAGCUGACAUCCAGCCUGAUCCGAGUCACCCUGGAUAACCUCAUCCACGCAGAGUCCGCCGUGAAAGGUGAACCCUUCACAACAAGAGAACCACCUGCCCCUAAAGACCCCUGUAUAGCCGUGUUCUGUGGUUUUGGUGCGACCUGCGACCCCACACAGAUCACCAGUGCGGGGAAGGGGACGUGUAUCUGCGAGCAGACGUGUUCCAGUGGCGUCAUCGCGCCUGUCUGCGGCUCCGACGAUGUCACCUACUCCAGCAAGUGUAACCUGGAGCUGAAGUCAUGCCAGACACAGUCCAGGAUUACAGUCAAGAAGGAGGGAAAAUGCAUACAAGAUCCUGACUCCAACCCCUGCUAUGGUAAGGACUGCAGAUAUGGCAGCUCCUGUGUCGUGGACGGCUCCACCGCAAAGUGUGUCUGUCCGACGUGUGACGAGCAGACUGAGAGCACGGUUUGCGGGGACGAUGGAAAUGACUACAAGAACGAGUGUGAGAUGAACAAAGCAGGCUGCUCCAAAAAAGAGGAGAUCACUCUAAGGUUUAGAGGGAAAUGCAACCCCUGUGAUGGCUUCACUUGUGACAAGGGUGUCUGUAUCCUGGAUGACAACAGGAACCCACAGUGCAGCUGUCAGCAGGACUGCCCUGCUCCUGAUCCAUUGGCUAGUAUCUGUGCCAGUAACGGGAAGACGUACCCCAGCGAGUGUCUGAUGCUGAAGGAGGCGUGUGAGACGGGGAGAGAUCUGGAGGUGGUGGACAGGUCAGAGGGCUGUGAGUCGGUCUACAGCGCAGCCAAGGGGAAGGCAGUAGAAGGCACCUUUGCUCUGUCGGAGCUGGAUCGUAGACCUGCCGAGUUCCAGGCUGCUCUGGAAGACCCAACCUCACAGGAGUACAAAGAUCUCAAGGACAAGUUGGAAAAUGCUCUUGGAGCCUCCCUGGGCCCUGGCAGAGAAGUCAAGAUCAUUGGGUUCAAGGACGGAAGCAUCAAGGUCAUUUUCCAGAUUGUCUUGCCGCCUGGGUCCCGAGAGAAUCCCGAGGACGUCAAGGAGAAGCUGAUGGAGGUCCUUCAGGACGCUCCUGACUUGGAAAUCAAACCUGGUACCUUAGUGGUGGAGGAAGCAGAGUCCUGCUUUGGCCAAGUGUGUGAGUUCAGCUCGGAGUGCACGAUCAAUCCGCGCACGCGGGACGCGGACUGCAGCUGCGAGUCCAUCACGUGUGACGAGUCGUACGUCCCCGUCUGCGGAGACAACAUGGUCACCUACAACAACGACUGCAAGCGCAAGCAGGCCGAGUGCCAGGAGCAGAAGCCCAUCAUUGUCAAAUACAACGGCAAAUGUGCCCCAGCUAAGGAGGCGCUCUGUGAAAACGUGAAGUGUGGCUUCGGGGCCACCUGUACCGUCAUCGAGGGUAACGCCAUGUGUGAGUGCGACACGGUCUGCCCUGCGGAAUUCCAGCCGGUGUGUGGCUCGGACGGAGUCUCGUACAACAACAUGUGCUACCUGCAGGCCGAAUCCUGCGAGAGGCAACAGGAAAUCCGCAAGGUGGACGACAGGCUCUGCAAUGGCUGUGAGAACACAACUUGCAGGUUUGGAGCUAUCUGCCAGAGCAGCAGCUCAGUUGAGGCUCUGUGUGUCUGCCCUAAGUCUUGCAUUGAGGUUUAUUCCCCUGUGUGUGGAUCCGAUGGUAAAACCUACUCCAACAAGUGUGAGCUGGAGGUGGCCUCCUGUAACCAGCAGAAGCACAUCAGGGCAGUCGCUGACAUGCCAUGUGAGGACAUGGACUGUGGCGGCGCUCAUUGCGGGCCCUACCAGGAGUGUGUGGACGACAAGUGCCAGUGUCCCACGGUCUGCCCGGCGCGCUACGACCCGGUCUGCGGCAGCGACGGGAUUACGUACAACAGCGAGUGUAAGCUGGCGGUGAAGGCGUGUCAGGACGGUCUCUCUGUGGUGGUGAAGGCGCCAGGCCCGUGUGAAGAUACAGUUGAAGUUGAAGGUUCAGGGUCCGGAUCCGGAGAAGAACCAGAGGGUUCUGGGACUGGGGAUGAGGAGUUUGAUUUCUGUGACGAGGGAAGCAACUGUCGCUUUGGUGGGAAGUGCAUGGACAUGGACCCUGACUCGGAGGGGGAGGAGUGUAUCUGCGAGAUCAAGUGUUCUGGGGAUAUCAAGCCUGUGUGUGGCACCGACAAAAAGACGUAUGAGAACGAAUGCCGCCUGAAGCUUGCCGCCUGCACUCUGCAGAGACACAUCCAAGUGAUGAGUAACGGUCCCUGUCCUGACAGAGUGAAAGUGUUUCGGCAACAGUUUUUCUCGGAUGUCCCCCCUGCCCCUCAGAAGGACUGUAAGGAAACCACCUACAAGUGCUGUCCUGAUGGCAAGACUCCUGCAGCAGGGGCUGGCUUCGCUGGCUGUCCAAGUGUGUGCAAGUGCAACUCUCUGGGCUCCUAUGCACAGACGUGUGACUCCCAGUCCGGACAGUGCAGCUGCAAACCUGGCGUGGGCGGCAAGAAAUGCGACCGCUGCGAGCCGGGAUUCUGGAACUUCCGCGGCAUGCAGGAUGGAAAGAUCGGCUGCACACCAUGCGAGUGCUCUAAGGGUGGCUCAGUCCGUGACGAUUGUGAUCAGAUGACCGGCAAGUGCGUGUGCAAACCCGGAGUGUCAGGAAUGAAAUGUGAUCGCUGCCGCAAGGGUCAGGUCAUGGGACCGACGGGCUGCCGAGAGCCGACCCAGAGAGAGCCCGAGGUGGCUGAGUCAUGUGACCAGCUGAUGUGCAAGUACGGGGCCGUCUGUAAAAAGAUGAGCCGCGACGUGGCACAGUGUGUCUGUCCCACAGAGUGCAAGAGGGGUACCAUCGAAACUAAGGUUUGUGGGUCUGAUGGUCAGACGUUUGCGGAUGAGUGUCAGAUGAGGGUGAUCGCCUGUCGCUACCAGCAGGACAUCAGGGUGGCAUAUGCAGGGCCAUGUAAAGCAGAUGUUACGACAGCGGCUGUAACUCCCACAGGUCGCAACACGACAUGUCCUACCAACCUAACACGAACCCCUGCUUCAGAAAACGCGACCGACAAACCUAGCAUGCCCGAAGGCACAAAGGAAACCGUUUUGCCAACUGAGUCCACUCGUGUGCCCCCCACGAGCGCAUCGGUAAAUCUGGUCACACCGACAAAGAAGAUGUCGACGUUCCCGCCGCUGAAGACGACGGAGAAGAUGCGGCCGCCGGUUACGGUGACGCCUCCCCCGCCUGCGCCCACCCCCUGUAGCAGCGUACCCUGCAUGCAUGGCGGGACGUGUAAGAGGACCAACGACGGGAGGAGCUUUGAAUGCUCCUGUCCGGCUGGGUGGACUGGUCCGGUGUGUGAAGAAGAGGUGUUCUUCUACCAGCCAGCUUUUGGAGGAGACUCCUACAUUGCCUUUAAGACCAUCAAGGUGUUCCUCAGCGGGACCAUCAUGUUGGACUUCAGGUACACUGGAAAGGACGGUCUCCUGGUCUACAACGGACAGAAGAGUGGAAAGGACUUCAUCUCUCUCGCUAUCGUCAAUGGGAAACUCCAGUUCCAGUAUGACCUUGGAUCAGGUCCUUCAGAAAUCAUCCACUCCCUGCCGCUGGAGCCCAACCGCUGGUACGCGGUCACCGCGUCUCGCGUGAAGCGUGACGGCUACAUCCGCAUCGGAAACGAGCCUGACACCACCGGAGCCAGCCCUGGGGCGACAACAGGCCUGAACCUGGAUGAUGACUUCUAUGUGGGCAACAUCCCGCCAGAGGAUAGAGAUAGGGUGUACCAGCGCAUCGGCGUGACUGGUGGGUUCAAGGGCUGCAUCCGCGAGCUGAAGAUCAUCGACCAGAAGGGUCAGGAGAAGAUGUACGACCUCCGACCUAACGGCAAGGACAUGAUGUUCGGGGUGGGUGUGAGCGAGUGUGGGUCGGACCCCUGCAAGGCCAAGCCGUGCCAGAACGAGGGACAGUGUGAAGUAACCAACGAUGGGAACUUCAGAUGUGUCUGCAAACAAGGCUUCCAUGGUCCCCUGUGCGGCCAUGCUGCCAGUGACCCCUGUGACCCUGACCCCUGCCACCCCGAUUCACUGUGCACAAUGAAGCCCGAGGGAGGCUUCCAGUGCAGGUGUCCUGUGGGCAGAAGGGGGAUGCUCUGUGAUGAAGAAAUUGAAGAUGCUCAGACCUUCAUCCCAGAGUUCAGCGGUAACUCGUACAUCCAACGUGCCGGUCUCACCGCCGUCAGCAAGUCUCUGAGCGCCGAGGUCAUCUUCUACGCCACCAAGAACAACGGCAUGCUGCUGUACAACGGACAGAAGACCGACGGGAAGGGAGACUUUGUGUCCUUGAACCUGAAAGAUGGAUAUCUUGUCUUCAGAUUUAACUUGGGCAAGGGUCCUGCAGAUAUCAGAUCGGAAGAUCCCGUCACCCUGAAUGAAUGGCACGAAGUCAAGCUUGACCGCAACCUGAGACGAGGGCAGAUGACCUUGGAUGGCAAGGUCGUGGGCACAGGAGAGUCACCUGGUGGGCCAUCCAACAAUGUACUGGAGGGCACGCUGUCCCAGCUGAACCUGGGUCUGCCGCUGUUCAUCGGCGGCGGCGAGGAUUACUCCACCUUUGCACGGGACGCCGACAUCACCACCGGAUUCACCGGCGCCAUACAGAAGCUGGUCAUUGCAGGCGCGGUGGUUCCUGAUCUUGUGGACGGCGCUCUCGCUGCGGUGGACAUCGGGAACUUCGAGAAGCACAGCUGCACCAGGAAGAACAACCCGUGUAAGAACGGCGGGGCAUGCAUGCCCAUGAUGGCGGACUACAAGUGUGACUGCUCCGGUGGCUACACAGGGAAACGCUGUGAGAAAGCUCCCAGUUUUGGAUCAGACCCCGCCCCCCUGCGACUGGAAGGGAUCAGUCUGGACGGGACAACCAGCCUCAACUAUCCCAACGCCAUCAACAAAAAGGAGUCCAAUUCUAUUCGUGAACAGGUGCCCAACCAGGACAACAAUCACUUUGAGGUGACCUUCCGCACGACCUCUGACCACGGGCUGCUCCUGUGGAACCACAAGCCGGGCGGCGGUGACUUCAUCGCCCUUGCCAUCGUGGGCGGGAAACCCCAGCUGACCUACAAACUGGGAAAACAGCCCUUCACCAUCGAGUCUCCGAUCAGCGUGAACACAGGGCGCUGGAUCACUAUUGUGGCUGACAGGACCAAGCGGGAGGGCUCACUUGAGAUUGUGGGGGUGAACGGCUCCAUUCAGAAGGGAGAGUCUCCACCUGGGGCCUCCCAGCUCAACACUGAUGGAGUCCUCUGGAUAGGCGGAUUCAGCGGUGCUCUCCCCAGCGGCCUGCCCUCUGAGUACAACUCCGGCUUCGUAGGCUGCAUUAAAGACGUGAAAAUCGACAGACAAGAGCUAGACCUUCUACAGAACUCCAUAGAAAGAAGGAAUCUAAAGCCCUGCAAUGGAUAAAAAACAUGUCUUCCCUGGGGGAGGGUAGCUUAUAGCUUAGGUAGAAGCUCAUGCCGGUUUUAUACCUUGUAUAUGUAUUCACCACACCACUAUUGGAGCUACAAUAUUUUGUUGCAACUUGGGGUUAGACUUGGGUUUCCCUGCAAAGGCCUGUAGUACAGUUUUAUCGCGAUAAAUUCUACUAUCUUCCCCAGUGGGGUUCGGAUAUUGAGCGCUACACGUUUGACACGGAGUCUUGAGAUGCAGGUUCAAAAGAAAA